CGGCAGCAGGAGACAUCAUGGCGAAGGCGGUGUGCACGCUCUACGGCGACGACGCAACGGUGUACGGCACGCUGGUGAUCACGCAGGCGCACGAGGACGCCAAGAGCGUCAUCACGGGCGAGCUCAAGGGCCUGACGGCCGGCAAGCACGCGCUGCACGUGAACGUGUUCGGCGACGCCCAGGGCGGCGUGUUCAACCCGUUCGGCAAGAACCACGGCGGCCCCGAGGACGAGGAGCGCUGCGUGGGCUCGCUGGGAAACGUGGAGGUCGGAGAGGACGGCAGCGUCAAGGUGCACGUGGAGGACAAGCUGGUGAAGCUCAUCGGCCCGCACUCCAUCAUCGGCCGCAGCAUCGUGGUGCAUGAGGGCGAGGACGACCUGGGCAAGGGCGGCCACGAGCUGUCGCUGCAGAACGGCAACGCCGGCGCCAUCAAGGCCCACGGCGUGGUCGGCAUCUCCAGCUAGACGGCGGCAGACGCAGGCAGCUGCAGAUGAAGCAGAGGUUACUCACUCACUACAAGACAAGGCUACUUUCUGUCGUGCUGCAGCGGUCGCGUGCGGACGUGUUCAGGUUAUUAAAUAGGUAAUGACACGUGUGCGAUGCCCCUUUC